UAAUCCCUUGUUUAAAAACUCUUGAGUGUGGCUAAUAGCGUUUCUGUCUUUUUAUUAAAUGGGUCCAUUUAUUCAUUUCAUCCCCCUACCUCCCUACCUCUCUGCAGAAAGACCCAUUUUUCCUGCUUUUUAACAGUCCCUUUCUUGCUUUUGAUGGGCUUCUGUGCAUAAUGCGUGUCCUUUAAAUUCUAUGGCCCUUUGUGUUUUCAGUGUUGAAAAUGAAAAACCCUUUGGUUAUUAAGUCUCAGUGUUAAAAAGAAGAGUCUUUUAAGAAAGAGAGGAGAUUGUGUUGUAGAGAUCAUGAUUCUUGAUGUGGUCUGAAUCUCUGAAUUCUCCAGUUUCUUGGGGUCUGCAUUCUUGGAGGAAAUCCCACUUCUCUGUAAAUUCAAAAUAAAAAGCCCAUUUUUAUGCAUUUGGCCCUUUAUUCUUUUUCAUGUCGUUUUUCAGAAUGCUGGUGGGGUUAAGUACUUGCUGCUGGUUUUGCAUGAGACCCUUCUUCCUUGCUAGCUUUUCCACUACCACUACCUUAUUCUUUAUAGUAAAAAGCUCUUGCAUUCUUCACUCCGUGGCUUGAAUGGGAAACUGCACAUCACCAGAGUUUAUCUGUUCAUUGCAAAUAUUUCUUCCCCAAGGAUAAUAAGGGACGCAUUGUGAAGCUCGAUUUCUUAUUCUGUAAAUUGGGAAUUCUUGAACUCUGAUGAAAAGCUUGCGUCCAGAUGAUUGAUGGGAAAGCUAAACAGGAAAAAUACAUCCUUAAGUAAACAUGGCUGAGCUAGAUCCCUCAGAAUGAUUUAGAAGCUUCACAUUUUCAGGUUCCGGUUCCUACUCAGUUUUGGUGGAAAGUGAUUGUACCGAUAUGCAAACAGAGGCAGGAUCACAUUCUGUUGUUACAGACGGCAACUCAUUUUCCCUAAAUCAUUAUGAUUCAGUUGACGGGCAUAGUCAAGAUCAUGUCAACCCUGGAUUUCUUGCUCCUUCGAGUCUUGGAGAAGCUCUGAUCAAUUUCACUUGUGGGCAGAUUCCAGAUCGUGUUUCUGAUGAGUUUUGGAGCAUACAGCCAGGAAGGGAUACUAUCAGAGGUUUAUCAACUGGGACACCAUAUCCCCAAGUUAUGAGCAGUCAGGAUAUUGAGGGGAAUUCCCUUCCUGCUGCAGCCAGCACCACCUUCCCAGCUUCAAGAUACUCCACAACUGAGGAUCAUGAGAAGUUAACAACUUCCAGCCCUUUCCUGCAUCCCUUUGAAUGCCCAAGAACUGUUGUGACCUCUACGAUCCAGAGCAUGAAUUACAGCUAUGAGGAUUUACCGUUUGGUACAAGCACUAGAUAUGACUUCAGCAAGUUUGUAACUCCUCCAGAACUCGUCGGGAGAGUUGUUGGAAGAACAGGAGUCCAACCAACUGGAAACUCCGUUCUGAAUGAAUGGAUACUGACAGAAGAAGGGGACUUGAACUGUGACAAUCUGGGCCCUACUCGUUUUAGCAAUGAGUUAUCUCUGAGUCUUUCCACAUAUCAACCUUCUGUGGUAAAUGGAACUUCCAUUCAGGAGCAAUGCUCAGAGAUGAGCUCUUCAGGUGUAACUAGCUAUUCUUUGCACAAAAGACCCAUAAGGCCUGAACAUACAUUUUGCAGUAGUAAUACCCUCUCAUUGAGCUCUAAUUCUCAGAAGCCACUCCAACUUUCACCGGCAUUAUCGGGAUCAAGAUUUUUCCAUGCAGUGCAAGAAAUACUUGCUGAAGUUGCUUGCUAUGCACUUGAAAACUUUGACCAGAUGAGUUACCCCACCCCUUGCAUUGAUAAUGGGGUAAACGCAUCGUUUUCUUCAAGUUGCACUGCUGGAAGAGGCUGCUCAACUUUCUCCGAUGGACUUGAUGCGGGCUAUAGGCUCGUCUUUCAGAACAACCUCUUCCCAGAACAGGAGGUUGAAACAAAGAAGAAACACCUGCUAUCUUUAUUGCAAGCGGUUGAUGACCAGUACAACCAGUGCUUGGACGAAAUCCAUACAGUAAUAUCAGCAUUUCAUGCUGUAACCGAGUUGGAUCCUUAUCUACAUGCUCGGUUUGCUCUCCCAACAAUUUCUGUCAUGUACAAAAACCUCAAGGAGAGAAUUAGCAGUCACAUUCUUGCAAUGGGAGCACAUCUUAGCGAGGGAGAAGCAAGAGAAGAGAACUCAUGCGCGACAUCUUUCAUCCAGAAGCAGUGGGCUCUCCAGCAGCUAAGAAAGAGAGAUCACCAAUUAUGGAGGCCUCAAAGAGGACUGCCUGAAAGAUCCGUCUCCGUUUUGAGGACAUGGAUGUUUCAGAAUUUCCUUCACCCGUAUCCCAAAGAUGCAGAGAAGCACUUGCUUGCCUUGAAAAGUGGUUUGACAAGGAGCCAGGUGUCAAAUUGGUUUAUAAAUGCCCGUGUUCGUCUAUGGAAACCAAUGAUAGAGGAAAUGUACACAGAGAUGAACAGAAGAAAAGCUCGUAGAAACGAUGAAGAAAUGGUUGGCAUCCAUAGAAAUCAAAUGUGCUUUGAGAACAGAAGAGUUACUAUGAAUUCAAAUGGGUAAAGAAGGUAUACAUAAUACCGCAAAUGCAUUGAACUGUUUUCGUGAUAUCGAUAUGUAUUCAGUAGAAGAAAGUAGUCUAUUUUGGAGGAAAUCCAUGCAACUGUAUAUUGGUUCAUAGUAGUUGAAAUUUUUUCUACUGAUAUGAUCUUGAAUAUGUGGCCAUGCCGAAUUAUCCUUUGUUCAAACUUGGGAUCCAAAGAUUGAGCCACGAAAAAUUCAAUUCGACCGUUGUGGAUAUGAAGAAA